CUGCAAGAAAAAAGCCACCGUUUAAAUUAGAAACCAAGAAAAUGGGUUAAAAAAAAAAUAAAAAAAAUCUGUUCUGAGCUCAGUGUGUUCGAGACGCCUGCAGCACCCAGAAGUGAACAGCAGGCGACCCGGAAGGUUUGAAGUCCGAGCGAGCGAGCGAGCAGAAAGAAGAGUCCAAUCCUUUAUAAAACAUUCCUUCCCUCGCCGGUUCAGGAUGGCUGAACCCCGCUUUAACAAUCCCUAUUUUUGGCCUCCACAUCCGACCAUGCCCGGCCAGCUGGAUAACCUAGUCUUGAUCAAUAAAAUCAAGGAGCAGCUGAUGGCAGAGAAGAUCCGACCACAACAUAUGCCCGCUGCCUCCGCCCCUUCCCAACAGCCCUUACUGGCUCCCCCGAUCCAGGCGGAUGGCGGCCAGCAUGUGAUGUCCAAAAAUCACCAGAUGCCGGUUCUCCACAGCCACAGCCCGUCUCAGCCUGAUAUCGCCCUGCACGCCCGCCCCGCCUCCAGCUCAGUCACAGGUCGUAUUCUGGGGGAUGUAAACUUGAAUCUGGACGAUAAGGCAGCUAUUAAAGCCAGAGGAUUAUGGGAAGACUGGCAUCUGCGUCAACUUAUAGACCACCCCUCCAGGACGAACCACGUCUCAGGUGUUGCGCUGGCAUCCAGAACAGGCAACCUCAACACUUCGGAGAUCAUCACCCCCACCACACCCACCUUGAGCUGCCACAGCCGGCUGGGUGGAGGCCCCACAUCUCACCUCAUCUCAGGUUUAGCCUGCGGCCACGGCAUGGAGCACGGGAAAAACAACGGAGGCCUCGUGGGACUCCUCGGCCCUCCUCCAAAGGAGGAGCGAGGGCGUAAGAGGAUCAAAGCAGAGAAUGGGUCGUCUCUUUUGGUGGUGCCCUACCCAAUCCUAGCUUCAGGCAACGACCAGUCCUGUGUCACCAUCACUUCCAAACCAGGAAAAACCUACAGGUGUAAAAUGUGUCCGCUGACCUUCUUCUCCAAGUCCGACAUGCAGAUCCACUCCAAAACGCACACAGACCCAAAGGCUCACAAGUGUCCUCACUGCACUAAGUCCUUUGCGAACGCAUCGUACCUGGCCCAGCACCUGCGCAUACACCUGGGCAUCAAGCCUUACCGCUGCUCCUACUGCGAGAAAUGCUUUCGCCAACUCUCCCAUCUGCAGCAACACACCAGAAUCCACACAGGCGAUCGGCCGUACAAAUGCCUCCACCCAGGAUGUGAAAAAGCUUUUACUCAGCUAUCUAAUCUGCAGUCUCACCAGAGGCAGCACAACAAAGACAAGCCCUUCAAAUGCUCCAACUGUUACCGUGCCUAUUCAGACUCUGCUUCGCUGCAGAUCCACCUGUCUGCACACGCCAUCAAAAACGCCAAGGCCUACUGCUGCAGCUUGUGCGGCAGGGCAUACACGUCGGAGACGUACCUUAUAAAACACAUGUCCAAACACACAAUGGUGGAACAUGUGGUGUCCCAUCACUCCCCCCAGCACAGGACACAGUCUCCCGCCAUCCCUAUACGGAUCUCCCUCAUCUGAGCUCCUCACCUGUCUCUUUCCGUCCCCAUCAGAGACGUUUCCUGUGAUAUCUGCGCUCCUCUGAUGGACUUUGAACCCAUGUACGGGUUCCAAAAAUGUGCCAGAUUGUAUAGGUAUCUUGUGAAGAGGUGCUCUUUUAAUGAGUGUAUCCUCCUUUCCUUUCUUGCUGACCAGAUAGUAUUAUCGGGGACAUCCAAAGAUGACUUCUCAGCACUUUCAGGCCAGGAAAUGACAGGCCUAAAAAUGUCUUUUUCUAUGUGACUACACAGGGGAAAAUAAGAGUAUUGCUCCAGGCAGCUACAGUACAUGGAACAUCUUUUUAAAACUUGUUGUGUAAUUA